AAAUUUUCCUUUUUAAUUGUUUUCCUUUCCGUUUCCUUCUCCCAUCAUCGUUGUCAUCAUAAUCUCCUAUCUAUCAUGGCUUCCGCUUUCGUGCCACCGGGCCUUUCCCGCGAUAAUUUGCUUUCUUGGUUUCGUGAAAAUGGUGUUGGAGUUGUUUUCAAAUGGGUUGAAUAACCCCUUCUCUUUUUUCUUUUCUGAUUUUGUUUUGUUUUGUUUUGUUUGAAUUUUUUUUUUUUUAAAUCUUAUUUUUCUGCUAGGAUUCUGCUUUGUGAUUAAGUUUUCUGGUGCUGGGUUUUGUGUGAAUUGAGACCAUUAAUGAGUAUGGGGGAGGUUGGAGAGAGUGGGAACAGGGAAACCCAACGUGUUUCGGUGCAAAUGAAUGGGCUCCCGGGAGAUCUGUUGCAGAGAGUCAUUGCUGGUAACCUUUUUCCGAGAAAAUUCGAGGAAGCAGCAAGCGAAGAGACUGGUGAGAUAGAGCUGAGUCUGGGGCUAUCAUUGAACGGUCGUUUUGGGGUGGACCCCAAGAAAGCGAAGAUGCUGACGCGGUCGUCUUCCAUUUCGGAUUUCAUGACCCCACUGAGGUACCAAGACAGAGCAUCCACUGUGCUACCCAUCACAGCGCUCACCAGAACGUGCUCCCUUCCAAUGGAGACGGAGGAGGAGUGGAGGAAGAGAAAGGAGUUGCAGACGCUGAGAAGAUUGGAAGCCAAGAGGAAGAGAACGGCGAAGCAGAGAAGUUACAAGACAGCCAGGAGCCGAGACAGGGAUCGAGCUAGUUUGGAGGAGAAUUGCGAAGAAGAUAAGGUAGUUGAGGACAAACCACCAAUGGGUAGGAAUGGAAACCAUCUGCAGCAGCCAUACUUGGGCAUGCCUAGUUGGACUAUAGGAGGCUUCAUACCUAGCAAAACCGAAAGAGCUAAUGGGUUGGGUGAUGGUGGUUUGAAGGGAAAUACAACACCACCACCACCUCCACCGCCACCACUACCACCAUCAUCACAAGGGUCAGUGGGAUCGCAAAGGAGUUCUUCUGGGAUUUCCGAAUUCGAGAGCCAACCAAUGCAAGUUAAAGGAGUGAACAAAUGCAGUGAAGCAAGAAGCCCAGCAAGUAUUCAGUCUUUACCAGGCCAGAGUGAGCAGAAACCCUUAAUCAGUCCUGGGACACCAGAGAAAUCAGGCAAGGUUGGAGGAGUAGUGGCAGAGAAUCAACCUAAGAAACCCACAAUUUCUAGCAGGGGAGUAAGUGAAAUGGCAAGGAAGGUGAUGGAAGAUAUGCCGUGUGUGUCUACCACAGGAGAUGGCCCCAAUGGGAAAAAGGUAGAUGGCUUUCUUUACAGGUAUAAGAAGGGAGAGGAGGUGAGAAUAGUAUGUGUUUGCCAUGGAACCUUUCUGUCUCCCGCUGAGUUUGUUAAGCAUGCUGGUGGCAGUGAUGUUGCUCACCCGUUGCGGCAUAUAGUUGUUUACCCAUCUUCUCUUUUGUAAUGGCAAAUGGUCAAUGGUGCCAAAAAGGAAGGUGAUCAAAAAGGUUAAUUAGAGUUUUAAUUAGAGUUUUCUUUUCUCCCCUUUUUCGUCUUUUGAUAGACCAGGCAGGUGUAUUUUAUUCAGUACAUGAAGCCUCUCGUUCGAAAGGUCAAAAUGAGAAUAGAAGACAUUUAAAUUGUGUUGGGAA